AUGAGUUAAACUGAAAUUCGAAUAUGUGGACACUUUAAGCUUGGUAAAAAAAUAAGAUCAAUAACUUAAGUUUAACAUUAUUAAGCAAAAAAUAUUUAAAGUGACUAAAAUGUUUUAAUAAAAAUUGAAGAAACGAAAUAUCGUCAUCCACAAUUAUUAUAUGAAGGAAAGAUCCUGUAAAAUUUAUAAGGAGGAAUAGGUAUUCCAAGCAUGUUUUGGUAUAAAAAAAAAAAAAGAAGAUAAAUAAAGAAAAAAAUUAGGUGUGGUUAAGAAGGAGAUAACAAUUUUUUGGUAAUGGAAGAAUUAGGAGAAAGCUUAGAGUAAUUAUUUUAAAAUUGUAAUCGAAAAUUUUCUUUAAAAACUGUGCUAAUGAUAGGAGUUUAAAUAUUAAAAUCGAUAGAAUAUAUGCAUUAUAAAUCAUAUAUAAAUCGUGAGAUAAAUUCAUAAAACUUUCAUUUGGGUAUUUAAUUGUAAAACAUAAAUAAAAUAUUUUAAUUAAAUUUUGGAUCCGCAAAAAAAUAUAAGGAUUCCUAAACACAUGAGCAUAUACCUUUUCGAGAAAAAAAACCUUUAAUAGGUGCUUCUCGAUUUGCAAGUAUUAAUGCACACUUAGGAUAUGAAUUAUCAAGAAGAGAUGAUAUUGAAAGCCUUGCUUAUAUGUUAAUUUAUUUUUUAAAGGGUAGCUUACCUUGGAAAGGUUUGAAAAUGACAAACAAACAAGCAAAAUUCUAAAAAGUAAAAGAAAUAAAAACUAAAUAAUCUAUAUAAGAACUGUGCAAAGGGUGUCCGAAAAGUAUUGAACUUUUUUUAGAAUAUUCUAGAAGUUUAGGUUUUGAAGAUAAACCAGAUUAUACCUACUUAAAAGGUAUUCUUUUAGAAACUUUUCAUAAUUAAGGUUUUAUAUUUGAUUUUAUUUAUGACUGGGUGCUUUUACCUUUGAAUAAAAUAGAGAACUUGGAAAAACUAAGUAU